CUUCUCUUUCCGUGGAGACGUCGGAGUUUCUUUUGCAAUGCUGUCUUGGAUUGAGUUGCCAGGUCAUUGGAAUUGUAAUAUCUGUUUCAGUUAACCAGCAUUAUUUAUUUAUACCCUCUCCCGACUCUGACGAGAGGAGGAUUAAAUUGAACAUUUCGGGAAGCUCAUUCUAUUCGGCUGUGGAAUUGGUCUUUGUGGUUUUCGAAAAUCUUUGUUAUAUUGUGGAGCGGUUUAUAUUUCAUGCAGAAAAAGGACACUGAGUUUAGACAGGAACACACUGUAAAUCGUAUGAGACUUGAAGAAACAGAGGUUGACGAAAUACGCGGCAUCAUGAGUAUAGCCUGUCUUGUCUGUCUGCGCAGGCGCCUGUAUCUACUUCCGCUCAUAACGACAUUAUGGAUCAUCAUGUCUCUCUUCGUAUCAUAUGGGAUAGCUGUAAGUUAUGGCCAUACGGAGCCAGACUUUCCCUAUAUCAGCCACACAGCAAUCGAAGCACCAGAACGCUGCGUCUUUGGCCAGCUGGUCAAUAUAGGAGCUGUCAUGCUCGUGAUGAACGUGCUUGUUAGAUACCUCUUUCUUAAAGAAAUAUUCAAGCACAAGAAGAUGCACAAUGUUCACCAAUGGCAACAUGGUAACAUUGCCGGCGUCGUUAUCGGAGUCUUAUCAGCGCUUGGAAUGAGCAUGGUUGCAAACUUCCAGACAGAGGUACAGCGGGCUCCACACUACGUAGGCGCUGGCCUAGCCUUCGUCAUGGGAACGUCCUACACGUGGCUGCAGACGACUAUCACGUGGCGUUUACGUCGGGAGGGACUAGGGAGCAAGUUUUUGGCCAUUUUGCGAUUCGUCAACUGUUUUUUGCUCACGUGCUUCCUGAUAAUCUUCACUAUAUCUAAGACGUAUUACAAAAUAAAGGAGUAUCGGGGCGAAGGUUCUAAAUACGACACGCUGAGAGGAGUCUAUCUCACCUCCACCAUAUCCGAGUGGCUCGUUGCUGGCUCAAUUCUCGCUUAUACACUCUCCUUUACCUGGGACUUUCGGUCAAUUGUCCUUGAAAGUCCAAAAGUCAAACUAAAUUUGCAGCAAUUAGAAAAUGGUAAUAACAACAAUAGAUUAUCGGCGGAAGUGGAUUCUAGACAAAGGGGAACAACUCCAGUGUGAUUUGAAAACUCACGGGUCGAGAUCGGAAAUCCAUCCUCGAGUCUUUCAAAUGCUGGACAAAGACACAGUUGCCCGGCCAGGUCUGCCUCACCAUGGGCAGCUUUACGCAGGUUCAAGUGCCAAAUAUAUUCAACAUCAGCGCUGACAGCGGAAAAUAGCAUUCCUUCUAUAAGGAAUAAAGAAGUAUGCAUUCAACACAUGAUUGGAAAAUACUACAAUAACAUAUAUGACGAUUAUCGUAUUUGCGAGCUGAACGAUAAAAUGUUCAAGCAAAAAUGUGUUAGUAAAGAGUUAGAAAGAAACCUAAAUCAAAAUUCAUGAACAAAUGUAAAACUGUGAAAAUUUGUAAAUCGUAGUUUUAAAUCUUCACCGACGUUUCUUCAAUGGAAAUUACGAAGAUAAAAACUUUAAUUGAUAUAAUAUUAAAAAAAAAUAAAAAUAAAAAAAUAAAGAAGAAAAAGCGUGGUCCAUGGAAAUUAAAGAAGUAUUAAAAAUAAGCUGUGAGAUGCUACCAAAACACUGGGAACAAAUGUUUACAACAAGCUACGGCUUUGCGCUGUAAGGGUUAUUAUUUCCCCCAAAACAGUGUUGUAGAACGAUGUAAGGUUCGUGGAUAUUCGCAAAGAGUGCUGUAGAUUUGAGUGACAGGAAAUCAUCAAUGGAGCUGAUGAUGCAUUGUUUUAAUGCAGAUAUUGUUAAAGAAUUAAAAUGGUUUCAGUAAUGGAUGAUCGUAUUAAGGUGACUGGAGGAACUUUAUUCCGUUAAUUUUGCGAUCCGCAAAAUUGUUUAAUUUUUUUAGGAAGAGAGAGAGAGAGCGAGAGGCAAAAAAGACACGCGGAAUCGUUUUAUUAUCAUUCGCGACAGGCAAUAUGCAUGGUAAAUUAUUUUUAUCUUUCUAACUAGUUGGUAUUAUUUGAUAAAAUGUUCUUUUAUUGAGAUGACGUGCGAUUACAAGAGAGGAGGGUUGAUGAGAGAGUUGACGGGAGAGGUGAUGAGAGACACGAUGAGAGAGUUGAUGAGAUAGUUUUACAAAAGAGUUUUAUGAGAGAGAUGACGAGAGAAAUGAUGAGAUAAUUGAUGACAGAUGGAGAGGGAGAGUUGGCGAUAGAUUUGAUGAGAGAGUUGAACGGAGUAAAGGAUAGUAUACAGGGUCCAUGCCUAUUAUCGUGACGAACAUAUCACCGUGACGUAAAAUGGCGCGGGGUAUUUAAAGGUCAAUACUGAUUUAUAUGUGACCAGCUUUCGUUAUUAUGUGAAUGAAUGCUUACCAUGACGCAGACAAGAAUCGCUUGGAAAACGACAGUGAAAUGCUCGUAAUAUUCUGCGUAAUUUUACAUCACGGUAAUAUAUUCGUCACGAUAAUAGACAUGGACUCUGUAUAUAUUUAUUUUUGCUGAUAUGUGUCACAUGUGCUUCGAGAUUAAGUAAUGUGUUUUAACGAGCCAACCACAGGUUGUGACUACUCUAAAUGACGUACUCAAAUGACAAACCCGAAAGGAAAUAGGAAAUAUUUCUUUAUGAACAUGUAUUGUAUUUAUUAUAGUGAUGUUAUAUAUAUAUACGAACUGAACAAUCUUCAUUAAAUUUUAAAGGAGCGAAAUAAAAUUGUAGCAAAGUUAGAAGAAAGGAUUAAUCUUUUCUCAAACGACAUUUCCUUGUACACCGUAACACUGUAAAUUUUUAUUAACGUUUAGUGGGCUGUACUUAUAAUUUUUGACGUUUAUGGGUUUUGUAAGACAAAUUCGCCCGUAAUAUUUUGUACAACAUGUAUUUUACAGAAAAUAGGGGUCAAAUGUUGUCAAUUUCAUUUUGUAAAUGUUUGUUUCAAGGGGCAUAAAUAAGUAAUUUUGAUGUUGUGAAAGUAUGUUAAAAUUUGUAGGUCGAGUACGAGUGUUGAUAAAUGUGACGUCAUUGUAUAUGACGUCAUAGUUGUCGCAAAAUGUGCAUGUGUGUCAACAUAUAUUCACGUCCAUUUCCCGGGAUGUGUAGACUUGAUAAUUAUAAGAAAAUGUUGUACCUAUAUCUCUGUCUGUUGUGACACAUCCAAGAUAAAAAAAAAUAAUAAAAAGUUUCUUUUUAAAAAUAAA